AUCUGCCGAGCACUGUGAUCUCCAAAAUGCACAGGACCACCAGGAUAAAAAUCACAGAGCUGAACCCCCACUUGAUGUGCGCCUUGUGUGGAGGCUACUUCAUAGAUGCCACGACCAUCGUGGAGUGCUUACACUCUUUCUGUAAAACUUGCAUCGUCCGGUACCUGGAGACCAACAAAUACUGCCCGAUGUGUGACGUUCAAGUGCACAAAACGAGGCCCCUCCUAAGCAUCAGAUCAGAUAAAACCCUCCAGGACAUCGUGUACAAGCUGGUGCCUGGACUUUUCAAAGAUGAAAUGAAGAGACGGCGGGACUUCUAUGCCGCGUAUCCCAUGACGGAGGUUCCAAAUGGAUCAAAUGAAGACCGAGGAGAAGUUUCGGAGCAAGAGAAGGGGAACCUGACAGAUGAUGAAAUCGUUAGCUUAUCCAUAGAGUUCUAUGAAGGAAUCAGAGAAGAAAACAAAGGGACCCUUGAAAGCAGGAGUGCGGAGAAAGACAAGAAGAACAGCAUGCGAUUCCUCCGUUGUCCUGCCGCCAUGACCAUCAUGCACCUGGCCAAAUUCCUCCGCAACAAGAUGGAUGUCCCCAGCAAAUAUAAAGUGGAAGUUCUCUAUGAAGACGAGCCCCUGAAGGAGUACUAUACUCUCAUGGACAUCACUUACAUCUACCCUUGGCGACGGAACGGCCCCCUCCCCUUGAAGUACCGCGUCCAGCCGGCCUGCAAGAGGCUCAAGCUCUCCUCCCAGGCCGCCCACUCGGAGUGCACCAACACCAGCGGCGCUUCGGAGUGCGAGUCGGUCAGCGACAAGGCCAACAGCCCGGCCACCUUGCCGGCCACCACCUCCUCCUCGCUGCCCAGCCCGGCCACCCCUUCGCACGGCUCUCCGAGCUCAAACACCACCACCGUGAGCAUCCCCGCCUCCGGGGCAGGACAGAACGGCUCCUCGAACUGCCACCAGAUGCAGCCCUUGUCCAGCAGGGGGCGCAAAACAAUGGUGAACGGGGGACCAGCGACAUCCGCUUUGACUUAAAGAAAACGUUUUCAUUCGGGUGGGGUGUUCCCCCCCCCUUGGCCAGAUCUUCAGUUUUAUAA